AUGGCUUGUUCAGUGACUCUGGAACGGCUUCAGUGCCCAAUAACAAGGGAUAUAAUGGAGGACCCAGUUAUAGCAGAGGAUGGAUAUACAUAUGAUCCUUUGACACGUACUCCGUUGCGAGUAUCAGAAUUGCGACCGAAUCGAGCUGUUAAAGAGCUUAUUGACGCUUAUCGAGAACAGUCUCAAAAUCAUCAAACAGCAACAUCAGAAGGGUCACAUUCCAUUCCAAGAAGUGUCGUUAAUAGUGACGAAAUCUACCAUCGCCCCUCACAUCCAUACACUUCAGCAUACAAUCAUCGAUUUAUUUCUAACCAAUAUAAUGUUAAUAUUCGCAAUGAUAGCAUCGAUUAUUCUCCUGAUACUUCAUGCACUGGGAAUAGACAUCAACAUAAUUACGAACCAAGACAACACAGAACAAAUGGAUAUGUUUAUACUCUACCCAAUCAUCGCCUUCAAACAGUGUCGAAUAAUUCUUCUACUAUCAGCAAUCAAGCAGUCACACCCUUGGUUUCACCGUCAAGAAAUAGUGGAACUAGUAGUUUGUGCGAUAUGAUUUCUUCCCAUCAUUAUUGUGUGUUCAUGCUUUGCUGUACUAUACUUAUAAUUGUAUGCGUUGUUGUUAUCGUUCCUGUUGUUUUAACACUACAAUCAAAGUUACCUACCACAAUCCUCACGACAACGACAACAACAACCGUCACUACAGAAGCAGAUGGAUACAAAUCGAAAUCAUGUGAAUCGAUCUAUAGAAGUGGCUUCCGUAGUGUUAAUUGGUCGUUACUAUUGUUACAUAUCGGCAUUGCUCGCCUUAGUAGAUAUUUUUAA